AGAAGAAAAAGCAAAACCAGAAUUUCAGUUUUUUACAUUUGAUUAGUAAAUAAAUUCGUUUGUAUAAAUUAUUACCAGCCAAGCCACCAAACACUUCUAUUUUGUUUACGACUUCUGCCUUUGGUUUCGCAGUAAUCGCAAGGGUCCUCUGACUCGGUAAUUCUAAGUGAGUAAGCAAUGGUGUUUUUCAGAAGCGUUUCUCUGCUCUCUCGACUACGUUCUCGUGCUGUUCAACAAUCUAAUCUCAGCAAUUCCGUAAGAUGGCUUCAGACUCAGGGCUUGUCUGAUCUUGACCUUCAUUCUCAGCUGAAGGAAUUGAUCCCAGAACAGCAGGAGCGUCUCAAGAAACUCAAGACAGAGCAUGGAAAGGUUCAACUGGGAAAUAUUACUGUUGACAUGGUACUUGGUGGGAUGAGAGGAAUGACAGGAUUGUUAUGGGAAACCUCCUUACUUGAUCCAGAUGAGGGAAUUCGCUUUAGGGGUCUGUCAAUUCCUGAAUGCCAAAAAGUGCUACCAGCUGCAAAGCCUGGUGGAGAACCUUUACCUGAGGGUCUUCUCUGGCUUCUUUUAACUGGGAAGGUACCAAGCAAAGAGCAGGUUGAUGCAUUGUCGAAGGAAUUACGUGACCGUGCCACGGUUCCAGAGUAUGUGUACAAGGCCAUUGAUGCUUUGCCAGUCACAGCUCAUCCAAUGACUCAGUUUGCAUCUGGUGUUAUGGCCCUUCAGGUUCAAAGUGAAUUUCAAAAAGCAUAUGACAAAGGGAUUCCCAAAUCAAAGUACUGGGAACCAACUUAUGAGGAUUCUCUCAAUCUGAUUGCCCGUGUGCCAAUAGUAGCUUCAUAUGUUUAUCGGAGGAUAUACAAAGAUGGAAAAUUUAUUCCCUUGGAUGACUCUCUGGAUUAUGGUGGAAACUUUUCACACAUGUUGGGAUUUGAUAAUCCCCAGAUGCAAGAACUUAUGAGGCUUUAUGUUACAAUCCAUAGUGAUCAUGAAGGCGGCAAUGUCAGUGCUCAUACUGGUCACCUGGUUGCUAGUGCACUUGCGGAUCCUUAUCUUUCAUUUGCCGCUGCAUUGAAUGGCUUGGCUGGGCCACUCCAUGGCUUGGCUAAUCAGGAAGUUCUUCUUUGGAUCAAAUCCGUGGUGGGAGAAUGUGGGGAUAAUAUAACUACAGAACAACUGAAAGACUAUGUCUGGAAAACAUUAAAGAGUGGGAAGGUUGUUCCUGGAUUUGGUCAUGGAGUUUUACGUAAAACUGAUCCAAGAUACACAUGCCAGAGGGAGUUUGCAUUGAAGCACUUACCUGAUGAUCCACUAUUCCAGCUGGUUUCUAAGCUGUAUGAAGUUGUACCUCCAAUUCUUACCGAGUUGGGCAAAGUUAAAAACCCCUGGCCAAAUGUUGAUGCUCACAGUGGCGUAUUGCUGAACUAUUAUGGUUUAACUGAAGCUAGGUACUUCACUGUUCUUUUUGGUGUAUCAAGGAGUAUUGGCAUUUGCUCUCAGCUAAUAUGGGACCGAGCUCUUGGAUUGCCACUUGAGAGGCCGAAAAGUGUGACUAUGGAAUGGCUCGAAAAUUACUGCAAAAAAGCAGCUUCAUCCUAAACGCUGAAUUAUUUCAUCCAUAGUAAUAAUUAUUCAAAAACAUGGGUUUUCCAAUUGAUGAAGGGGUGAUGUAAAGUUGAGAGCUUGUCAUUUUUUUGUAGCUUUUUCAUUUUUUCUUUCCAGUUGGAACAAAGGGUUGGAUCCCUAAUCCGGUGUUGAUACAUAACAAUGGUUACAUUAAACUUUAGCAGGGAUAAGAACCACGGUCUAGUGAGCCGUUUGAAUAAAAGUGUUUCGGUGCUUCUGCUGGAAAUUUCAAUGUCAUUUAGUUUCUCUUGACCGUCUUUUGACUUGUAAAUUACAAGUAGCUAAAAUUGUAUUACCAGAUGAAUAGAGCACUUCUGCAUCAUGUUUGAAAAU